UUUCCAUAAAAAAUGCUGCUAUCCAUCAGAAGACAUUUUGAGAUGAAGAAGAGAGGGGCUCUCCUGGUAGGGAUUUUAGGAGUGGUCUUGGCACUGGUGAUGGGGGAUGUGGAAGGAAGAGUGUUCUUGAAGGAAGAGUAUUCUCAAGUGAAUAUGGAGGAUAUGUGGGUCACCCCGAAGAAGAUCAAAGUAGAGCCCUUGGAAAUUAAGGAAAAUGGAAAGAUUAUAGGAAUCUCAGAGCAAGGCGAAAUUAAAUGUAAUACUGAUGAUAAGCUAAAGAAAUUUGCAAAGCCAAGUUAUACGUGCUGGGGUCUGAAACUAGAAGAGUCUGAUAAAUAUUAUGCAUUGGCCACAGAUCAAUUUGAGUAUUCAUAUUUAGAUAGCCAAGGUGAUCUUUAUGUUGAGUUUGUUGGUGACUUGCCUUUAAAUGCAUCUGGAAAAGGCGUUUCUUAUGGACAAGCUCAAGUUAAGCUACUUGGAGAUGGAUUUGACCCAGAUACCUUUAAUCAGGAUACUCCUUAUUGGCUCAAAUUUGGUCCUAAAAGAAGAGGAACUGAUACAAAAAUUGAGCUUGAAAUAACUUGGAAGGGUAAAAGAGGAACUUGGAAGCUUGAAAAGAGCCCUCCAACAAAUAGACCCGGUUUUCUAUACACACUGGCACUCAAGCAAGACGGUACAUACUCAAUUUAUCUCGAUCACCAGCCAUUUGUUGAAGGAAAAAUUGAAAAAGACUUCGAAUUCUCUGCUAUUGAUGGUCCUGAAAUCAAUGAAAUUAUCGGAGCUGGAUUUGAAACAUACAUGGUCGGCAAUUCUAUCAAUACCGGAUUCUUACUAGUCACUAAUGACUUCCAGGAGACUCAGGAUUAUGGAAAAUACAUCAAGGAGCAUUUAACUUAUAGGAAUAAUCUUUUUAUUGAGAUAGCAAUGUCAAAGCCUAAUGGAGAAGGCUUCAAGAUGCCUCCUAUACCCGAAGAAGAAAUGGAAGACAAGGAGCCUCAAAAAACUCCAGAGAAGGGAAAGAAGAAGGAGCAGAAAAAGAAGAAAGUUUUUUCUAAAGUAAAAGCAGACCCAAAUGCUGGGCAAGAGUCAAAAAAGGAAGAUCUUUAA